UGACUUGUGCAGACUCACACUGAACAUUAAACGCAAUGUAUGUAAACUCGUGAGUCUUUGAUCACCUACUUUCAAAGGGAGAAUAUGUAACUAUAGUUUUGUGACCUCUGCUUCAACCUAAACAAGAUGCACAGUAGUCCAAAACAGUGGCAUAAACAGCGUGUGAAACCCGGCGAGAUGAAAGAAGACGAUAACUGCUGCUCUGUGUACCUGUGGGAGGAGUGUGUGCACCUGCGGACACAAUUGAGCGCUGCCUUGCUAAGCGGCAGAUUGCAGCUUUUUGUCCCAGCCAGUUGGACGCUUAAACGGAUACCUAAGACAUGGAUGCAGAGGAGGAAUCCCCCGCCGACCAGGGGCUGCAGCUCCUGGACAUCAGCUCCAACUCGCCCCGGUCUGAGCCCAAAGGUGUGGAGGAGAUCGGCAAGCAGGAGAAGCCGCCGUAUUCCUACGUGGCUCUCAUCGCCAUGGCCAUCAAGGACAGCCACGACAAGAGACAAACACUCAGCGGAAUAUACGACUACAUCAUCUCCAAGUUCUCCUACUAUGAGAAGAAUAAAAAAGGAUGGCAGAAUAGCAUAAGACACAAUUUGUCUCUCAAUGAGUGCUUCGUCAAGAUGCCCAGGGAGAAUGGAGGGGACAGGAAAGGCAACUAUUGGAUGCUGGACCCCGCUUUUGAGGACAUGUUUGACAAGGGGAACUACAGGCGGCGGAGGAGGGUGAGGAGACCCUACAGACCCCCGAGCGUGCCUUACCUGACCGGGACCCCGGUGGACUACCCCGAGCCGCUCUACCUGCAGCCUUUCGUGAGCAGCUCCUGGAGUCUGUCCCAGCCGACCGGCUACCCAACGCCACAGGUCCUCACUGGAAACCCCCGUAGUGCGUCCCCCAGCGGCCCGGUGAGUCCAUACUGCCCGCCCCCCCACUUCCAUCACUCUCCCUACAGCGCCUACCACCGACACCCGCCCGUGCUGGUUCCCCACAACGGGGGUCCCUACGGCGGAGUGACCCAGCCGAUGAGCCCCGGCGGAGGCACCGUUUCGGUGUCGUGCAACUACCAGCAGCUCACCACCUAUGCAAGACAAGCGGAGGCACCGCUGGUUUAUUCAUUUGACCUGUAGGGUUUAAAAUAACAAUUUACAGCCAGUUCACUAACUCAGUGUUUAUCUGUUUCACCAGUUCAGUUGGACUGUAAAUCGUUGAAUCGCUUCAUUAACUGUUAAAUAAGUUGUAUAUUGCAGGAAGACAGUGGAUUUACAUGCCUUUUUUUUUUUUGGAGAAUUAUUUUUGCAACCCUGAUAAACUUGUGUUUUUCAUUAUUGCUUUUUUAUUUUAUAUUUUGAUGUUUUCUCUUAUUAUCGAAUAGGCAUACACAUUUGUAACUAUGUUAUUUAUUUAUUUUCUCUGGUUUUAUCUCAUUUUCCGAGCUGCUAUGCAACAGUUGGUGACACUGAAGCACUAAUUAGUUUCGUUAUUCGAUUGUGAAUGUUUACUUGAUGUAAAAUACAUCAUGUUUGUUCAAAUAAAACGUUAUUUUUGCAU